CAUUAUGAAUCGUGAAACAGAGCGCACCAUUAAAGAAUGCCUUUUUGUUGCUAAACCCUAUAUGUAAAACUAAGGGGUUAAUUUUUAUUGAAUUUAUUUUUGAAUGAAUUGAUAUUUGCGAAAUGAGAAAUUGUUUUGGUGUUAUAUAAAACUACAAUUAUUUACCCAAAUCAUAAUUCCUAAACCGUGCUUAUUUGUAUUCUGUUCCAAACAUUGAAUUUGCACUUAGGAGGAUUUAACAUGGCGACCGUCGCUGAAGUAACACAAAGGCUUAAUAUUUCACAAAGAUUUACCCGUCUUGUUUAGCGAUCUGUGUGUGUUUGUGGUACUGUUCUGUUCUUUCUAUAGGAAUACUGUUUAAAAAUGGAUCAACAAUGUUGACUUAACAGUGUACAUUUUAUUCACAGGGAGGAAAUCUCAUUUUCCUCCAGAUACUGUGUCAUUUUUUUCAUGAAUAAAAAUAGAUCAAGAAUAGAAGAGUCAGAGAAAGAAAGAAAACAUCUGCAUGAUUUCGCGCGUGAAGCAUCUGAACAUUCAAGAAUACACAAGUGAAUUGUCUCAUUUUUAAAGUUAAUCUUAGCUGUCAAGCCUCUCUAGUUUUGGCGUCAAACAACCCAGGGUGUGAAUGUCAGCAGCUACCGUCACAAUCAGCAUUAUGCCUGUUCGACACCAUGGGCAUUGUGGUGUUAAUACCAAUUGGAUAAGCAUCAUGAACAUGCCAAACCAAGGUGCACGUCAAGUCUUUCUUUAUGAUCAUGGAAGACCUCAUUGGUCCCAGGGAGGUCCUCUGUUCUAUGAUCAUCGUGUUCCUCCACCCCCACCACCACAGAUAGGAAACUAUCCCAAUCCUCAAAUUCAAGGGCCAUCCCCACAGUGGGUGCGAGGCCCAUUCAUAGGAGGUCCAGGACAAGGACCGAACCAGCAACAGUUUGAUGGCUUUGGUUUAAUACCUUGGGGUAACCAAGGAAAUUUUAACUAUAACAGGCAUGGAAACAAUCGUCACCAAGGUAGAAAUAGUGCUGGAGGUGCCCCAAGAAAUAACCGCAUGCUGGCUAUCAACGCACGCAAUAAUCAUCGCCAGCAUCAUAUAAACAACGAUCAUGAGGUGCGAUAUUUGUGUUUCAAGUGUGGAGAUUACUUACAGAAUUCUCCAGAAUCUGGUGUCCAUCUUUGUGAUGCAGGUGGCCAGAGUAAUGAACAGCGAUUGAACCAAAACCAGCAUCAAAACAGUGUGGUCGGAGAACUCCAUCAGUACCAAUGUGAAGACCUGCAGGCCAGGCUUAAAGCAUUUUUGGAGGAAGCCAAAGUUUCUGUGAGUUCUGAUGUUAAACUUUCUCAAGAUGACAUCAACAAAGUUUGCCUAGAGAGAGCAGAAAAGUUUCUAUCUCUGUUUAAUCAGCUUCAGAAUGAACAAGCGUCUUUACAGCAGCAACAGGAAUCACUUGAAGCUCAAAAGAAAGAGUUAGAACAACGUGACAGAGAGUUAGAAGCACUGCAGACACAUCUGGAAGAAGACAGAAGUAAAUUGGUUCGACAGUGUAAAAAGGAAAGAGAAGAAAUAGCCAGAAAGUGGCAAGAAUUAAAAGAUGAGAUUUCUCGUAUGGAAGAGAUGCACACAAUGCAAAAAGGUAGAAUACGCCUAGAUGUAGGGGGCAGUGUAUUUACUACAUCACGUUUAACACUGACCCGUGAUGCUGACUCCAUGUUGGCAGCAAUGUUUAGUGGUAGGCACCAUGUGGCACAAGAAGCUGAUGGCACAGUGUUUAUUGAUCGAGAUGGAACACAUUUCAGGUACAUAUUGAAUUACUUACGAGAUGGUGGAGUUAAUCAAGACAGCUUGCCCAGAGACAGACAAGUUUUGAAGGAAUUAAGAAAUGAGGCAGUUUAUUUCCAAUUAAAUGGUCUGGUGCAAACCAUAGAGAAGUAUUUGUAGAAAUAUUAAGUCAAAACAUGGAAAAUGGAGUAACGCAAUUGCCUUGUUGGUUGUAGUACCACUGUUCAGGAUGAUCUCUUAAGCUAUGGAGUCUUGUAGUCAACAUCUUAGUCACUAGCCAGCAUUGGCUAUUAAUGUGGAAAUUUACUUAAUUUAGUAGAGAUGGUAAUUUUUCUCUAGUAAUAACAAUGCACUAGCAUCUUGUUGUCAUUGCUUUUAAACUUUAAGUUUUUAUGGUGGAAUGUCCACUAUUAGAUGACAAUAUUUGACAAGUUUACAUUGAAUAUUAGAGAUGCAUUAAACCAGUUCCUUCUCUAGACAUGACACUAAGAACAUUUUUGUCUACACUGGAGUCACUUUUUCUGUAGACUUAACACUAUUGAUUUGACCACCUAUUUUUGAAUAAUGAAACUUUAUACGAUUGUGGUAUAAAAUUAUAGGCCUGUACACUUUUGUAAACCCCUUAACUAUAAUCAUGACUAAACAUUUUUUUCUCAUUAUCUUUACAUUUUUUACAUUGAUUGCUUAUUUAGUGGUUUUUAAUUAGUGCUUUUAUCAGUAUCUCAUAAAUUUAAUUUCUUUGUUUUCAAUAACCUCUUGUAUAUGUACACCUAUUUUAAAAGUUAUAAUCACUUGUAACAGAAGAUUGUGUUUACUUCCUAUUGUUUGAUCUAGUGGUUUGGGUAUCUAAUGUAUAAUCUAGAUUUGGAGUCAUGUUUACUUAGACUUAAUUGAACAUAAAGAAAUAUUACAAUCUAUUUUAAUUAUCCAGUCUAUCAACACUACAUGGCAAGAGUUCCUCUGAUGUAGUUCUGAACAUUGAAAGAUACUUCGCAAGCCAAACAUUGUGGCACUAUGGGCAGUCCCAUAUCAAUCUAGUUCAUGUUCACUAUAUUGUUAUUGUUGGUGGCAGGGCAGAUAAUCAGUUUCAUUUCAGUAUUUGUUUUCUUGAAACAUUUCAUAUAUUGGCUUUGAUUUAUUUGAGAAAAGUUUUACUUAGUAUGAAAUUUUGCUAUUCAGAUUUUCAAUCAAAAUUUCAUACAGACUUAUCUUUUUUAACAUUUUCUGCAUGUAGACAGUAUGAUUUGAUCAUUUCCAACACUGUCGAAGGGUUUUUCUUUUUUCUUCCAUGUUGUGCGUAGCUGCCUUACUUUAGAGUUUGCUUCAAAUAUAUUUAUAGAGUCCACAUCAAUAUUUGAACUAUUGUCAAAACAUGAAUGAUACUUAUUGUGGUAUUGCCUUGUGUAUAACAAAGAUUAAUUGGUUAUAAUGUGCUGAUCUUUGAAAAGCAUCUCAUUUUUCUCUCUUCAAACUAGAGCUUUCAAAAGUUAUUUGAACAUUUUGUUUGCAGCUAGAAAGUAUGAUUUUAGUUUGUGUGUAAUUAGCUGUGAUAAUUUAUUUGAAGCCAUCAUUUAUUGUUACUUUUUUAUUACUUUUUCUUUUUUUUUUUAUUCUUGUCCUGCAUUUGUAUUAAGUGUAAGACUAAAGAGCUUUUAACACUUGUCUAACUAGAGCUGGGCUUGGGUUACAUUUCAAAUGUUUUCUACUGCAUGCACAUUGAGUUUGAAGAAGUGCUAUCAGUGGCCACAAUGCAAAAGCUUUUAGACUCAGGGUAAAUGGCUGUACUCUGCUUAUUGUCUUUUCUGUCAUGAGCAAUAGUUUGGAAGUGGUGACCUACAAUGUCACUUUUUUUCAGAAGCUUGCCCCAACCAAACAUUGAAUUUUUGUCUAAUAAAAUUGACUGACAAUGCUGCAACAUUAGUUUUUAACAAAUUCUUUUUUUUUUAUAGAUAUUUUCUGUGUUGUAUUUGGUGAUAUCAACAAGCUUUGUAAUAAGUAUUCCUUGCUAGUGGACUGGGUUUCCACACACAGACAUACACAUCAUUUCAUCACACUUGUUACAUUCAUAUGUAUGCCUGCAGGCUGUAUUUAUAUCAAUUUUGCUCAUUGGUGGUAUUCUUGUACAAUUAAUUAUAAACAAAACAAAUAUCUAUCUAUAUAUAUAUAUAUAUUUCUCAACCAAUUACUUCUUGUGUAUGUGUGGUCAAGUAAUAUGGUGUUAGGAAGAAAGCUCUCAGUAUAUAAUAUUAAUAUUAACAUAUAUAUAUAUAUUACUUUUUAACUUGAAGCUUGUGCAGUCUUCUGAUAACCAUGAAUUCCAUUUUGUUUCUCCCAUUCUCCUUGUUGAUGUAUUCAAUUUUGUGCAUAUUUGAUUUUCAUUAUUUGUAUAAAUGGUUGUGUCUUUGUGGUACACUUAGUUACAAAUAUGUUGAACUUCAAAAUACCAUUACCUUAAGAACUUUAUAUUUUGAUGGACGUUUUGUUUUGUAGUCCAUUUUAAACUUGAUCCUCCUAUUCUCUGGCAAAUAAAGGUGUAGUAUCUAACAUUAGUUCCUAGUACUUUAGAUGGAUUUCAAAUGGAAAUAUUAUCAAAUUUGAUGUAUGUUUGUGUUAAGGUGGCUAAUGUUGCAAGUCUGUUGUUUAAAAAAAUCUUAUGGCAGUGAACUUUUUGGUGUUUCUUAGUAAAGAAAUUGAUAGAAAACUGUCCUCAUUGUUCUGUAUUGUGGUUAGAUGAGUCUGAGCCAAAUUUCCUUUGUUCUGUUCUGGUGCACAUUUGUUCAUCCUUUGUAGAGAGAGCAUUAUGUAGGCAGCUUAUUCUCUUGAUCAAUAUUUGUAUAGUAUUCUCUCUGAAGCUCAAGUGAAGUGAACUGCUCUGUGUAUGUAGUGUUCUUCCCAGCACCGAUAUGUAUAGCAAAACGCAAUAAAAAUAAAUUGCUCUACUUCUUGUCUUGUAACAAGCAACUAUUUACUUUGGCCAACUAGAAAUGAACAAAUUGUUUAGUUGCACUGAAAUGUUAGAAACAAACUUAGUCUAAGGAAGGUCACAAAGCUAGUUAACUUAAACCAAGUUAGUUAACUUAACUGCAAAUAGUAACAAUUGAAUGAUGCAUUCUAUUGCAGUAGUUGCUGGAUCUUUUCUUGACCUAAAUCUCACCUAUAUUUUAGUCUGGAAUUUUGAGUCCAUAUUUAUCUGUAUAUAAACCAUGUAUAUCUUUAUACAUCAUGCAUAACCUUUAUAUUUUGCAAUGAUAAAAAGAAUCAAAGUCUGUCUCCAUAUUGUACUAUUACAAAUAUUGCUAGUCAUGUUGUCAAUUCUACUAUUACAGCUUUCUAUGUGUCCGAUCAGUAUCCAUGCAAGCUCUUUAAUUUUAUAUUUUGACUCUGGUCUUCCUACACUGCAAUCAAAAUGCCUUGUUUCUUAAUUUGGUUUUCCUUUUUUUUAAAGAGAGAAUUCUUGUGAUUUUCUUUUUUUUUGUGUGUGUGUGUGUGUAUUUGGUUGUUGUUCACCCAUUUAGUCAAACUGUCAGUCAGCCAUUCGUUGCCUUGGUAGAACAAACUAUUGUUUUACUCUUGUAGUAGCAGGGUGUUCAAACCUUUGUUCUGCUGGCUGUGUUUCAUUUCCAUAUCUUGAUAACUGCCAAAGAAAAGGUUUGACCUAGUGUUGUACAUUGCACUUCACUAGUGUACACUCUUCCUGAUGUCAAUUCAACAUUAUUUAACAGUUUGUUGUUGUUGUUUUUUUUGGAUGCCAAUGGUAAAAAUUACCUUUAAAAAAUAUUUUUUGCUGUCAUAUGUUUUUAGUCUGGUAUUAACUUGAAUAUUUGUUAUUGGACUACUUGAUCAGAAACCUUGGUAGCUUACUUGAUUGGUUGUGCUUUUAGGAUAAGGUAGCAUUCCUUGUAUUCUUCACUAAACAAUACUAAAGCCUAGGUUUUGACCUACCCAUUGGCUAGCUGUAGGCAGAGAAAAGUUAAGAACCAGCAUUGCCUUAUUUCUUGCUUAGAUUGUUAUGAUCCUGAUUGAGUCAUUAGUGCUGCAUAGUCUCAUGCUGGAGAUCAUAGUGUUGAUUCUGUUCAACAUGAUUAGCAAUCUUGUAUUGUUGGAGAUAGAGCUAUGGCGCCCUCCUCCUUUUCACCUCAGCUUCUUUUGAACUUACAUUAUUGUAUAUUAGUUUUCUUUACUAAAUAUCAUACGGGUGAAUGGUGAAAUGUGGACAAUUUUUUUUUUCAUUAACGUUUAACUUGAAUAACCUAACAUUUUAAAACAGUAUUUCCCAUAUUGUUAUAAACUCAAAAUUCAUGGUACUUGUAACCCCAAAUUCUAUAUAAAGAAAAGAUCUACAAAGAAACAUGAUGGAUCUCUAGCCCACAUCCCAAAACAUGGGAAUAAGUACUGUAAUGGAAGUUAUUGGCAUCACAUUGUUCUUCAUACUUCUUGUCUUACUGGGAAAACAUAUUUAGUACUAAAUCUGAACAUGCCUGGAUUCUAACAGUGGUAGGAAGUCCAUUAGUUUCAUGUUUGCUCAAUAUGAUUAUGCAUUUUUGUUCUAAAAGUGUGAAGUAAUGCUGAUAUUUGGUUCUGUUGAGCUGUUUCUCCUUUCCCACUGCCCCAUGUAUGACCAAAUUUUAACACCAUUGUUUAGCCUUAGAUGAAAUUCUAUUUUGCCACAUUUUAUCAAACUUGUAUAUUUAACACUAUUUACUUGUGCUGUGCUUUGAGUUAUUUUGUAUUCAAGUUAGUUAAUAUAUAUUGCCACAUAUCAGUCACUUUAGUCAGAAUGUCUGAAAAGAAAAAAAAAAAAAAUCUUGACAUUUCCACUCAUCUCACAGGCAACACUGUUUAUUGUUAUUGUCUAGUUGGCAUUCACACCAGAUGGAGCCAUACACUCUUGACUUUAUUCCACCACAGGACUCUUUAUAUUUGGACAAGUUUUUCUUUGCUUAAAGUAUUAAAUGCAUGAUUUGGCCAAAUAUUGUUUGAAAACUUCUCCAAAACAAAGAGUCCUUAAUUCCCAACCCCCCUUCAACUUGUAGCAGUAGCCUUGGAGUAUGUGCUGCAUUUGCUUGGAUGGUUCCAGCUUGCUGUGUGUACUUUGUAAUGCUUCAGUUAGUUUCAUAGUUGGUCAUUUGUGUUGAUAUAGUUCAUAGUUUCUAGUAUUGGAGUCAUCCAAGCAAUUGCUGUCACAUAUUAUUUUUAAGUGCUAAUUAUUAACAAUAUAUACAUAUAUAUAUAUGGUUGUGAAUUUUAUUUUACUAAAUUUUUUUUUAAAAGCAGUAUCCAUUUGUCUAUUUGCACGUUUUUAGUAUUUGUUCAGACCUUUUCUUACACAACUGUUUGCUGAUCUUGUUCAAAUUUUCUUCAAAGUAGUUGUUAGGUCAUUCCAUUUGGUACAGUAUUAUGCUUAUUAUUCAGCAUGCUCUCUAUUUGUUUACAAAAAGAUUCACUAUUUAUGAAUAUCUUGAUAACUCUACAUAUAUUCAAAGUUUGAGUUGAACAUGUGUUUGCUUUGUAUCUUUCCUCUUAGACAUUGUCUCUUAGAUUCUCUGUCUCCAAAUUAUAUUUUCCGAAAUAAAUUAGUUGAAACUUCAAAUUGAUCAUUGACUGAAAAAUUCAAUAUUUUAAAAAAAUUCUGGCACAUACAAAUUUAGUCUAAUGCUUGUCUUUUGACUUAUUUGAGAUAACUCCUUUUUUCAUUUUAAAACUCUAUAGUGAAGGCUUGUUUCAUUUCUAAAAAAAAAAGAAGUGUUGCCAUGUUGUGCUCAUUGAAUAGGGUAGAGAGUGGAGUGUGCUAGUAGAUAGUGUUCUAUAACCAAGUCUACCAUUUUAUUCAACACUUUGGGAGUCCUUGAAAUAAUGUAACUGUAUACAGACUUUUUGUUUUCUUAUUGGCUUAGCUUUGGUACUUAAAGAUUUUUUUUCUUUCUUAAAUUUGCAUUGUUUUUUUUUUUGUUUGUUUGUUUGUUUUUUAUUAUUUUUUUAAAGCCAUUGUCUGUGAAUACAUAGCUUACAUUUAUUUGUACAAACUUGUGUUCAUUCUAUCAGCUAAAAAUUUAUUGAUACUUCAGGUUAAACAACGCUGCAGGACAGUGAGUAGCCACUAAUAAGUGCAGUCUCAUCAACAAAUUUUAUUAGUGAAGUAUGAUUUUAAAAAAAAUAUCAGUUAAAGUUCCAAAGUACAAUAAUAGGCUAUAGCAAAAGUAUUUCAAUUAUUUUUUGUUCUCCAUUCCUAAAUAACCCAGUCUAUAAUUUGAUAGUUGUUAGUGAUUUUCUUAGUAGAACUUUUGUUUUGUUUGACUAGCUUUUUUUUUCUAAGAACACAUUCUUCUUUCCCUUCAGUCACACUGUUGCAACUUAUUUGAUUUUCUUUGUAAUGAUAAUAUAUUAUACAUACUUAUAUUUCUAUAUAUACAAAGGACCACAUUUACCUCCGCUAUUUGUUGUUUAUAUAUUACUAGUGAUUGUGAAGGCUCAUGUAUUUGGUGCAUUUUAAGAUUUAGUCCUUCAAAGUGGGAGCACUGCCAUAAUACCAGAAAGAUAAAUGUCUGAAAGGAAUGCUACUUAAGCCAUUAUCACAGUGGAGACCAUGACAGUGCUGCCACCUUCAUUUUCUUUGUUGAUUAUAUUUUAUCCAGCAUAGCAUUUUGAAUUCAUUGUUUUUUUCACCGUUUUAUGAUGUAUUCUCCCCCCCCCCCCCCCCAGUCCCCCACCAACAAAAUGAAUGCAUCUUCUGAGUAGAUUCCAUAUUCUUGUCUCCAAGUUGUUAUUUCUAUGCUAUGUGUUGUGUAUGUCAGCUGGUAGAGGUGUGCUGCUUACUAAUAUAUUUUACCUUCAACAUUUUGUUUUUUCUAGAAUUUUAUCUUUUUUCACUUAGUUGUUGCAAGUCUGAUUAAAUCUGUCAUAUCAUGAACAACCAAUGAAUUUGUCAGUGUUAAAACAUUAAUACAAAUGUUGUGUUUUUUUAGCAGCACAUUCCUUGCUUUGUUUGGACAAUGUAUGAAGCAGUAUUUUCUUUUUGGUCAUGUACUUAGAAUGCAUUUAGAUGAGGGUUAGGUUUUUUUUUUUUUUUUUUUUUGUUUGGUUUGUCAUUAUUUGAAUCUUAUCAAAACCCAAACUGUAGACUGAGUGUGAUGGCUUGUAUUGGUUCAUCUCAACAAUCAAAUCCUAUCAGUAGCACAGGUGUAAUAUAUUCCAUUGAAAUGAGCUAACAACUAAGCACAAGCACAAAUUAUUCUGUAUAUAUUAUAUAUGUGUACCUGAUUAAGCAGUUCAAUUAUUUCCAGAAUGUUUCUUUAUUCUAUUGUAUCUGCUAACAUAUAGCAUUGUUUGUGCAAUAAACUAUUUUAUUUAGUCGGUGGUUUUGUUUUAUUGGCCAUUAACUUAAUAUAGAAUUGUAUGGCUUUGAGCUGGCUGUUCUUGUUACUUGAAUCCUAAGACACAAUACAAAAGUUUGGCCUCAACAUUUGAUAACGUAACAAAGCCUUAGUUGGUUUUUUUUUUUUUUUUUUUUUUUUUUUGCUUUUGCUUUUAUUUUGUUGAUUUUUAUUUAACAAACUUGAAUCAAUAUUAUUACUACAAAAUAACUCAAAUUUUUUUUGUAUUCUAAGUCUCAUUUUUAAAAGACUCAAUUUCAAUUGUUUGCAUGAUAUUUUCACAUUACACACAUACUAAUAUAUAUAUAUAUAUAUUUCUAUGUGUGACUUUAUGUGUGGUUAGAUUAUUUACAAAAUUGUUACUCUACCUGCCAAUCAGAUUAGUUUUUUUUUUCAAUUGUUUAUAUUUUGCUCUUUGGGAAGUGGUCUAUUUAUACAUCUAUUGUGUAUACUACUAUAGAACUAGACGUGUGUAACCCCAGAUGUUUGUUCAAGAUGCAUUCAUUUUGAUGUAGAUCUAGUGUGUACAUGUGUUGAUGUGCUGCUAGAACACUUGUGGGUGCAGUGUCUCUUCAGGCUUUUAAUUUUUUUUGUUCCUGCUUGAUGAUGUGUCAUGGCAACUUUGAAGUCAAUCAAUCCAAAAUGUUUAUCACUUGACUUCAAAUGUACCAAUACACAAACAAAUAGAAAGAUUCAAACUCUAUUUGCAGGUUUAUGAUUAUCUACUAUUUGGUUACAUCACAACUUUCCCAUAUUUAUAGAACUAGUUUAUAUUAUAUAACAAAUAGUCCAAUUUUAACUUGUUAGCAUUUUACAGUGUUUUUUUUAAAUAUAUAUCUUCUCUUUAUAUAUACAUCUAUCUAUCUAUUUAUUUAUUGAAAUCUUCAUUUUAACUUACUUUUUUUUCCCCUUUGUUAGUCCAUUAGUUUUUUUUUUUUUUUUUUUUUUCUUUCGUUGUUUUUUUUUUUUUUGUUGUUGUUUUUCAUUGUUGGUAUCUUUAUGGUUAGUCUAGUACACAUUGGAUUCUGGUCUUUAGGCUACAGUAUCAGAGGAUAAGAAGUACAAUGUAGAAAUCUAUCAUUGUCAAAUGUCAUCAGGUAAUGGUUCAAUAGAAUGCUGAGAACGAACACUUAGAUCUAGUAGGAACUAUCGAGACCCUCUGGUUUGUUUGGCUAGGCAACAGCAUUACUUUAGAACACAUUUUGGGGUCGCAUUGAUUUUCUAUUAGUGACAAACAUUGUUGAUCAUGCUCAUGGUUUAGUUGAUUGUGUCACUUCAAGAGCUGUCAGUAUUGUGUGGAUGUUGAUAUGUUUCUCUAAAUGUGCACGCAUCCAGAGCUCUUUAAACAAAUAGACGGAACAUUUUUGUACUGAAUACACUAGUGCUCACUGGGGCAUGGUCAUGGUAAUCUAUUUUUAGUUUGUUACAGUAUUAGUCAAUAAAACUUAUCAUUAGUGGGUUAUGUUUAGUUUGUGCUGCUAAUACUACAAGAAUAUAUUCAAUAUUAAAAGUAUCUCUAGCCAAAUC